AUGGAGCUCACGGAAUUGGGCCAGUUGGUGCGCGCGUUCAAGUUGAAGGCCCACAAUCCACAGGAGGGCGUGGCGAAGAUGGUGCACUUCACGUGGGCCCUUGACCAUUCGCACCGCGCCGCCGACGACCUGAACGCGACGGUUCACCCCCUCUUCUCGAGGGCAGGCGGCGCCGGGUUGACGGGGGCGCCUCCGCGGGGCCCUCUGGCGAGGGAGACCAGCCGCCUGCAGGGCAUGGGCAAGGGCAAGGGCACGGCGUAG